AUGGGUCGACCUAGGAAACGCAAAAUAGGAGAGAGCGGCCAGCCAGCCAAUGGAUCUACCCAGGAAGCAAGCCAACAGACAUCUUCUGUCGAGUCUAGUGUCUUUGACAGUGCAGUUGAAUUCAAUUCGCUUGCCGACCAGAUCAACUUUCCCGAUAUGGACUUGCCUAGUCUGGACACCAUCAACGAUAAUAUUCUCCUCGCUGCAUCUGCUAUAGUUCCUACGCCGGUCCAGUCAUGCGCCUGCCUUUCCAGCAUAUAUCUAACGCUUGAGAACUUACGUUCUAUGGAUACUAUCGACUUUCCUUCCAGCCUACACUGUCUUCGCGAUGCGCUGCAUACAAGCAAACUGUGUGUUGAUUGUCAGGUCUGUCCAUUGCAAUACCUCACAGCUACACAGAACGCACAGCUCCUUGGCACUUUGUUACUUUCCAUGUCUGAGCGAUACCAUAAAGUCCUCAAGGCAAUUGCCUUGGAAACGACGGAUGCCCAAGAGACAGGUCGAAUGAAGAGUCUUCACAUCAGUAGUCCCGAAACACCCAAGACAAGACAUGAAAAUGUUGGCGGCAUAGAUUCGAAUGACCCUCUAGUGCUCGAGCUGCCACCUUUGGAGUGGAGAAAGCUAGCAAGAAGGGUUGUGCACGCCGAGAUUUAUGGCACUUCUGAUACCGGCCGUAUCAGCUUCAUGUCGGUCUUGACAAGUUUGGAAGAAAGACAGGCUCGUUGGCACACGAUGGAGCCAACUGAGGAUUGCCCUGAUCCAGAUCGAAGAAGACACGAUAUGCAUGACCAUAACAAUAAUCCCAUGUGCCUGAUGAUGGCGCGUGAAGCGAAGAAGCUUGCAAACCGCUUCGACUUCAGCUGA